AUGUCUCAAACGAGGAUUGCGAUUCACGGUCUAGGUGGUGUGGGGAAGACUCAGAUCGCCAUCGAAUAUGCAUACUGGCUUCACAAGGAGCAUCCAGAAGUCUCUAUGUUCUGGGUCCAUGCCAGCGAUUCCGUACGAUUCCACCAAGCGCUGUCCCAAAUCGCGUCAGAAUGCCAGGUUCCAGGAAGGGAAGGUGGAGGUGACGUAUCAAAACUGGUGAAGGACUGGCUUGAAAGAAAGGACUGCCGACCAUGGCUCAUGAUAAUUGACAACGCCGACGACGCAGAAAUAUUCUUUGGAUACAACAGAGAAGGAUCUCAGAGCUCCACGGCCAUCCGUCGGAACGCACAUGCCGCUUACCUUGGAAGUUACAUUCCCGAAUGCUCACAUGGAGCUGUCCUUGUAACAACUAGGAACAAACAGGUUGGAGUCGACUUGACGAGGAGCCCUGGGGUGAUUGAAGUGGAGAUGAUGAACCAGGCAGAGGCCAUCAGCCUUGUACGAACAAGGCUGGGAGAUGACCACCAGGACAAUGAGUUGAUGGCUGAUCUUGUGAACGAGCUGGAAAAGAUCCCUCUUGCGCUGGCACAGGCCGCUGCGUUCAUUCAAAAAAACUCAUCUUCCAUAGCGGAAUACCUCGAAAUUCUGAAAGAAAAUGACAAUGCGCGAGUGGAGCUAUUAAGCCAGCCAUUCCAAGCGUUGGGAAGAGACACAGAGGUCUCACACGCAGUAACAGCCACUUGGAUGGUCUCCUUCAAACAGAUCCGGGACCAAAAUCCGCAUGCGAGUAAUCUCCUGUCACUCAUGGCUUUUUUCAAUCGACAGGACAUCCCUAAGGCAUAUCUCUCUGACCGAGGAGAAAGCACAUUAAAUACGGAAAAUGGACUGGGUAUCCUCAAAGCUUUCUCUCUUAUCACUGCAGGCAAAGGGACUCAGAGUUUCGACAUGCAUCGCUUGGUCCAGCUGGUAGUGCGGAAAUGGCUGCUGACUGAGGAUGAAGAUCAACGAUGGGCGGAGACAGCGCUACGGAUAGUGUCCCGUCUGUACCCAAGUGCAUUGUUGUACGGGAAUUGGGAAACUUGUGCCGCCUAUCUGCCGCAUGUUUACACUAUCCUUAGUUUCGCAGAGCUUUCUGAGGAAGCAGAAGACGACAGGGUGUGUCUUCUUCACGAGACAGCAGGAUAUCUCUCCAGGCAAGGACAACUAAGGCAAGCUGAAGAGUUCAACAUGCAAGUAGUAGAGGCGAGGAAGAGGGUGCUAGGUUCUGAGCAUCUAGACACGCUUAUAAGCAUGAAUAACCUAGCGGUAAUAUACGCAGAUCAAGGACGGUUGCAAGAGGCAGAAGAGCUAAACGUGCAAGUGGUAGAGGCAAGGAAGAGGGUGCUAGGUGCUAAGCAUCCAAAAACGCUUACGAGCAUGAACAACCUAGCGUUAAUAUAUAGGGAUCAAGGACGGUUGCAAGAGGCAGAAGAGCUAGGGGUGCAAGUGGCGGAGGCAAGUAAGAGGGUGCUAGGUGCUGAACAUCCAGACACGCUUAUAAGCAUGAGCCUCCUAGCGUCAACAUAUCAGGACCAAGGACGGUUGAAAGAGGCAGAAGAGCUAAGGGUGCAAGUGGUAGAGGCGAGCAAAAGGGUGCUCGGUGCUGAGCAUCCAGACACGCUUAUAAGCAUAAGCAAUUUAGCAUGGGUAUACUGGGAUCAGGGGCGGUCAGAGGAGGCUACAGUUCUGCUGUCAGACGCUGUCGAGCUUUCGCGCGUAUCUCUCGGUCCUGAUCAUCCUAAGACUCAGAAGCGUCAGGCAUGGCUAGCGGAUUGGCAGCGCGAAUCUUUGGAGAAGUCUUCGGAAAGAUCUCCGUACAUGGGACGGUGGGGUUUUAACGAGUCUGCAUCUGAAGGCGCUGUGGUUCAGGGAUCAUGA